AUGGCUCUCAUCGACAAAGUACCCGGCGAAUUGAAGCUGUACAUUGGCGGCAUGUUUACCUUGCGUCGUCGCGAGGCCCUCGAGCAAGCCAACAUCACCCAUGUCUUGUCGGUGCUGCGCUUGCCCCUGGACAAGGCCUUGUUCGCGCCCUUCAAGCACAUGGUCGUCGAGGUGGACGAUACCGACGAUGAGAAUCUAUUGGAACAUUUUCCUGCAACCAACGCCUUCAUCCAAGAGGGCCUUGACGGCGGUGGUGGCGUUCUUGUGCAUUGUGCCAUGGGAAAGUCUCGAUCCGCCACAUGUGUCAUCGCUUAUAUGAUGCACAGAUACGGGAGCAGUGCUGCUGAGGCCCUGACUCUAUUGCGGCAGGCCCGCUCCAUCUGCGAACCAAACGAAGGCUUCAUGAAACAGUUGGAGCUGUACGAGAAGAUGGCCAUGCCCCUGAAUGUCGAGCAAGUCCCGGCCUAUCAGCGCUGGCGGUAUCAACAAGAGAUCGAGUUGAGCAGGGCUUGCGGACAAGCUCCCGAGGCCGAGAAGAUUCGGUUCGAGGACGAGUAUCAUACAGACGGUAAUGCCGCGUUUGAGCUGAGGUGUCGCAAAUGCAGACGGCCAUUGGCCACGUCUCAAUAUAUCGUGGCGCACGCUGUCUCCGACACUACUGAGAACAGCUCCUGCAGACGUCCUCCCCAAGCUUGCGCCCACUAUUUCCUCGAUCCCCUAUCAUGGAUGCGUCCCGAGCUUGAGCAAGGCAAAUUGGAGGGCCGACUCGAAUGUCCAAAGUGCCACACCAACGUGGGCAAGUACGCCUGGCAAGGCAUGCAGUGUAGCUGCAACGAGUGGGUCGUUCCGGCGAUUAGUAUAGCGAAAGGCCGCGUGGACGAAGUACGCAAGUUGACCGACACAGCCAGCUCUGCCAUCCGCCUUCCCCCAGGGGCCUCCGUCCGGCCGCCAAGUGGACUCUCAAGGCAGAAUCUCUGA